AUGGGGUCUUCGCUUACUCUUUCUGCUUGGGAAUAUGUAGUCAAUGAACUUGUUCGUGUACUGAAACCAGGUGGAUACAUCGAAAUUUGUGAAUUUGAUCAUUACUGGGUGAACGAAGGUCCAAAAGCAAGAACGGCUUUACAAGGAAACGAUCAAUUAUCAGAUCUUCAUCAAGAGAAAAAAAUGAUCCCUCUAGGUGGUUGGGGAGGAAAAUUAGGCGAAAUAUUUUUAGAAAAUAUAAAGUGGUAUGCGAGAAAUUUAGAUAAGGCUGUCGAUUCCCUCGGUAUGAGUAACGAAAAAUAUAAUGGCUUAGUUAAUUCUGCUAUAACAGAAAUAGAAUCAAAAGGAAAUGUUUAUGAUACAAUUCAUAGAUUUUGGGCAAAGAAAUUGUAG